UCAAACACAAAAAUCAAUGAAACGGUGCAUUUCCGGGUUGCGUGAUGACGUCAUCGUCCCUGUGCCGUCAGGCUAAUCUGACUCCAGAGCAGCUAGCAGUUUACUGUCACCCGGGAGCCUUGAAUAUCCGUCUUUAACGACACGAAGGACCGGAAAAGAAGUCGUUAUGGAGCCUAAAUCUUUUUUUAAUUUACAGUAAACCAGGUUUUUUUUAUAAAUACUUUAAACUUCGCCGCUCUGUUCGCUUUAAUUUAACCACUCUGGACUACGACUCGGCCUCGGCGGCGCUGGACGCCUACAUCGCAGACUUUGAGAGGAGCUGUCAGAGCUGCGGGUCUUUGACCGGACCUYUGGUUCUGCCUCGUGACCCGCCCUCCACUCGCACCAAACCAAGGCCGGGCCGGCUCAGGAACCGGGACGUUCUGAGGGAGCGUCUGACGGACCGGGAGCUGGACUUCCUGAACCUCCCUGUGAGCUCCCUCCAUCACCGUGGCAACCGGGACCGCCUCUCCAUGACAACGGACGAGCUCCUGUCCAUCCCGUGGGAYGGCUCCAUGCCCGUCACUCACACGUCCGCCUUCAUACGAGGCCUCCGGUCCGGGUCUGAAGCCUCCACCAGGUCAGCCCACAGGACCAGAACUUGGCUCAGCAGCAGCCGGACCGCCCCCCUCCACCUGAACCAGGACUCUGGUCCCAGCAGGACUCCCAGCAGCUCCAGGUGCAGAGGAAAAGACGUGGCUGAGGACUCUUCUUCUGGACUCAGAGCAGCAGACCACCUCCCCCACUGGCUGACCUCCAACCGGUCUGUCCUGGACUGCUCUGAGACCAGCAGCCUGCCGGACCUGAAGUACCCGGCCUGGAUCCAGCGCUGUGACGUCAGCGAGCCGGACCCCUGGGACGACUGGGCUGGACCUCCCAGAACUGGAGCUCCAUCCUGGGUAUCGGACCUGGAGAAAGACCACGAACCUGAACAAACACCUGCWCAGAAGCUCUCAGCUGGUCCAACUGGUCCUGGUUCUCAGGAGGAGAGUCGAUCGGCUCUCAGAGAYGUGAGGAUCCAGUUGGCCCAACAGAUUUCUCUGCUCGCUGCAGGACCACGAGGUUCUGGUGGACCGUCGGUUCUGAUCAGAGACAACCGGAUCGAGUCUCUGAUCCAGAAGGCGGAUCRGGUCCUGGACUCGCUGUCCCAGACUUCGGACAGAACCGAGGGUCCUGCAGGUCCAGUGAGUCCUGUAAACACAGAGGACCUGCUGCUCUCCUCUCUAGUCUCAGCAGGAAGUCUGGCAGCAGCUCCGACAGGAAGUGAUGCGGAGGUCCAGGGUUCUGGUUCUGGUGCUGACGCCUGGAAGCAGCCCGGGCCGGUGGAGGCGGUGAAGCAGAUGCUGUUCAGACUUCAGGCGGUGGAGGCGGAGCUUGAGAGGAAGCACAAAGAACCAGAAGCUCCGCCUCCUUUCGCUCACGGACUGAAAACACCAGAGAAAGCGUUGACUGAUGGGGAGGCGGAGCUACAGAACGCCACGCCGUCACCAUCACUACAGAGGUAAAGCACUCUGAACAAGUCUGACCUGGACCGGAUCAGGACCUUUACUAAACUCCGUCAGACCACAGCCUCGAAACAAGAACUGAAGACCUGAUCCAAGACUGGAUCCAAGACUGGAUCCAAGACUGGAUCCAACAAAUCCUGUUUACUGAUCAGUUUCAUUCAUGAAGGGAGACGUGCUCCUCAAACUGCACCGCCACCAAAA